CAAGCAGACCAACAGUAACACCAAGAGCAGGCGGGCAGGCCUCAGCCCUCCUCCCCGGCUAGCUGCAGCCCCUGCCCAGGCCGCCUGAUCCCAGCGCCAUGGUCCGGUACCGCGAGCGCAGCCCGAGUGAACACCCCCACCAGGGGCACAUGCAGCAGGCGCACGGGCAGGAGGCCGGCCGCGAGGGCCAGGAGCCAGAGCAGGGCCUGAACCCCGAGAGCAUCGAGGCCUACGGCCGGACCUACCAGGGCCGCCGCCACCACAGGCACAGGCACUGCUCCCGCAGGAGGCCGCACCGCCGGCCCCCCCGGCGGCGGCGGCGGCGCUCCAGCCGGAGGCACAGGAGGCGGCACCGCAGAGGCUGCAGAAGAACCAGGAGGAGGGGAUACAGAAGGUACCACUAGAUCUCCUUGGGCCCCGCUCCCCUGUGGGAGUUAAAGUCGCCUGCCCAACGAACAGCACAUGAAGCCCUGACACCCGCCCCAUGCGGUGCCCAAAGAGCCCACAAGAUCUGAGCAAAUGCACAAGAGCCACCUGCCAAAUAAAACUUGACAAAACA